CUGUGAGUUUCCUGGUCGUCCGCCUAGCCUCGAUCUGGCCGGACAGGGGAAACACUUGGAAUAUUCAGAACAAAAGCAACAACGGACCGAACAGAGUGGGCUACUGAGGAAAUCAAGUUCAGCCUCGGGAUAUUAAUUAUUUAACGAGAAACGUUUAGUAGGUUAUAGGGAUAAAGGCCUAUGUUUUAAUCUGAAGGCAUAAGAUAUAAACUAAGUUUUCUAGUUGUCUCGCAUCAUUGUAUCCGAGACGAUUAUCCUUUUGAGGGCUUCAUAAAGCGACAAGGGUCAGACGGUAUUGUUUCCCUGUUUCGCUGUGGAACACAAACUUUAGUCAUUAAGCUGUUUCAGAAAGAGCAUUUGGAAUUACAUGUAUUAUGCGUACAACAUCCGAUAACAAGACUGGGGCAUAGCCUAUAAUUGGAGGCUAUACUUCAUCCUUUGAAGACUGAGAACUUGACUGAACAAAGCCAGCUCUGGAAAGGGACGGAAGAAACAGACAGUGAUAUCACUGAUGGCAACAUACAGUGGCCUUAACAGAAAAACAGGACUAGCGGUGGACAUGAGAGAACCUUUGAAGAGUGAUGUUACACAGGCAGAAGGUGUUGAAAAACAUGCUCUGCCACGCCCCUCAAAGGGAUCCCACCAACCGAGCCCUAAUGGAAAAACACGACUAUCCUGUGCAUCAGACAGAAAUUCAAGUGGGGAAAGAGGUGGUUCGGUGAGUUUCAGCACCAACCACAAUUCAGUAGUGUGCCUGCCAUUGGUGUCAGAAGGUCUGAAAUUGGUGUGGACACAAUCUGACCAGACACGUGAACUAGACUCUAUUGCAGAGCUGGUUCAGGCUUUUAAUGUGUUCCCCUACCCAACAUCCCGUGAGGUGAAUGCCCUAGCCCGGCACUGCGCACUGCCACUGGAUAAAGUCAAGGUGUGGUUUAUGGUGCAGAGAAUCAAAUAUGGCAUCAGCUGGGCAUCAGAGGAAAUUGAGGAAACGCGACGCAAAUUGGCUGGACCUGAGCUGGCGGGCGACUGCGCAGAGACAAAGGAGGAGAUCAAGAUGAAGAGAAAAGGAUUUGAAGAGUCUCCAAAAGAGGCAGAGGAUAAUGAUCAAAUAGAGGGUAUUCUCUUGUCCCCUCACGUCCCACAGAAGAAAUCCAAAUAUGAGACACCAGAACCUUUCAAACCAUCCAAAACAGUCCCAUGUUUCAGUUCCUCGCUCCCGCCCCCUGAGGACUCGUACUACUACCGUCCGCCUGCUGACAUGCCCGGAAGCACCGCAGUAGAUACCUCGGUGGACCUUUCAGAUGCCUCUACCCAACAGAGACGGCAUGGGCGCUACAAGAAGUCCAAAGCUCAGCUUGCAGUCCUUCGCAGCAGCUUCCUGGUAGAGAAUUGGCCAGCGGAAGCAGAACUGAGGCGUCUGCAGGAAGAAACGAGUCUGAGCCGGAAUGACAUCCGCAAAUGGUUUAGCGACAGUCGUUAUCAGCUUAGAAAUGGACGGGGCUUGGUUGGAGUGUCCCAGGGUUAUCCACAUACCAUUGUUACGGGAGCAAAGAAUGAUGCUCAUCAGCUUCAACCUCUUCCCCUUGUUGCUAACAAGGUCCGUACUGAACCAAAUGGUGUGGAAGAUAAAAGUAAGGCUUUGGGAAGAGGAGGACGUAGUAAUGGGAUAAAAGAUUCUCACUUCUUCCAGACUUUCCUGUCGAACAGCAUUGAAGCAUUUGGGGAGAGAGCAGUGGGAGUGGAGGUGGAGAGAGAUGAGGUCAUGGAGGAGGCCUCUGUCCAAAAAGACACAUUUAAAGAGGCAGAGAUCGAAAGUGAAGAUGAAAAGCCUCUUCAACUGGUCAAAGUCAUCAAACAGACAGAAAUCCCACAGCAACUAUCAGAGGGUACUAUCCCCUCCCCGUCUUCCUCCCCUUCUCUAUCUGCCACCCCACCACCACCGUCUGCUGCUCCCUCUAUCAGACAUCUCUCUAACAACUCGCAGAAGUCGGCUUGUUCUGCCAAAGGCAAUUCUUCACAUGGAGCCCAGCCCCUCUCCAGUCCUCUUUCAUCACCCUCUCCUGCUCUAACGCCUGCAGGCCGACCACGCAAGACCAAGGAGCAGCUGGACAUACUAAAGCAGCACUUCCUGACCUGCCAAUGGCCGAAGAGUGAGGACUACACGCAGCUAGUGGAACUAACAAGCUUGCCCCGAGCAGAUGUCAUCCAGUGGUUUGGAGAUACUCGUUAUGCUGUUAAAAAUGGUCAACUACGCUGGGUGCAGGGGGUCCGGGAGCAAUUCCUGGCUGAGCUUGCAAUGCAACAAAAUGGCAGUGGGGUUUCCAACAGCAAUGGUUUGAGUGGGACUCUUCGGGGUGGAGGGGGCCGUAAACGAAAGUCUCAAGUUAGCGUCAUAACAUCACCCGCAUCAACUGCUGAUUCACCUGACAUCAAUCCACUGGAGGUGUACUAUCGCCUGACUGGGGUGCUUCAAGAGAAGGAUCUGGACUCCCUUUGCAAAAAGUCAAGAAUGAGCUACCAGCAGGUGCGCGACUGGUUUGCAUCACAGGAAGCAGUUGUAACUGAACCAAAAUCCAAUGCCACUGAUUAAAGCGGAGGCCUGCUCUGGAAAAGUUGGAAAUAGUGGGAUAUUCCGUUUGCCACAUUUUGGACGCCAAGCAUUAAUGAUGGAUUGUAUUGCUUUAAUCUGAGUUUUGUGACUUUGAAAAGACCCUAGUCUUCCCAGGCCAAGGACAGAGCUUGGGUUGGUUGUGUUGAAUGAUAGCUGCACUCUGUGUUAUUCUAUAUUUGGACUUGAAGUCAUGCUUGUGCUGCCUAUGGAACUACUGUCGGCGAGGCAGUACCGAGUACACUGGUUUGUUUAUUGAUUAUUGUAGUCUACUUUCCGAGUUUACUUACGUUUCCAUCAUUAAAUAUGAUUUUAGUGCAGUAUUGUAGGAUUGUAUUUUGGUAAGGACAAAGUAUAUUGGUUGGACCAUAGGUACUUAAAUGUAGCUGGGUGUGAAAAUGUGCUGGGCCAACUGUAAUAUAACAUAUUAGGAUAUUGACUGAUCACUGUGUGUUAUCAUUCCUUUAGACCCAAUAAUAAUUUUUUCACACUGGACAUUCACACAAACUCCUUUAAAAUGAACAUAUUGCACUUGAAAUUUGGAGACCAUGUUUUAUUUGCUAUAACUCAUUAAAUACUUUUUUAGGUAAAAAGCUUGAAUCACUUAAUCUCUCAAUUUUCAGUAAAAUUCCAUGCUGUUCUACCUACGGGAUGACACAAACCAAUGAAUAAAGUAAAGUGUUUUUGAUUGCUUGCCACUUCAGAUUUUGUGCCUGUAGACUUAGCAAUUAUGGGCAGUUUGUGCUGACCUCCAGAUGUUAGUGGUGGAAGGACAGUGCUGGCUUAAUGAGUCAUACAAGAUUGCAACCAACCUGUAAUUUGAUGGCUUGAACUGCACUUGUUGACCUAAUCCAAAACAUGUAUUUUUGCCUGGACUUCACUAUUCUUCUGAGGUGUUGUUCUACACAAGGCUUUGUUUAAGUACAACAUGACCAUAUUCAUUGUAAAUCAUUAAAACUAAAUAUGUGGGCAGAUUGGUUUAAUUUGUGUGCGCUGUGUAAUUGAGAUAAAUUAUUUUAAUAGGGACUGAGCAAUGGAACCGGGUAAUGGAUUGGGUUGGUUCAACAUAAUCCAAAGCAAUAAUACACAUUUUUGCAUCUCCAGCCAUACACAGCAUCACUGUCACAUUCAGGUAUAGCAGUAGAUGUAUUUAAUCAACAUUUUUACAUUGGUGUUUAAUGUUAUUUUAUUAGCUAUGAAAUGUUAAUACAAGUAUGCUAUGUAGAAAGGUUGUAGGAAAAAAAAGGUCUUCCUCUAGUCUGAGUUGUAGGAGAGUAUACACUAGUUAUGCUUGUUUUUUCAUUUGUAAAUUAAAUGGUAAGGUAAAACUUUUCAUAAGGUUAUGUUACAUUUGCACAACUGUGUCACUGAACAGUUUAAAACAUGUACAUACAAAAUAAAAAUUCCAGACAAGA